CUGAGACUCGCUUUGUUUCUUUCACAAAAAAAUGAUCCAGAAGCUUUCCAACCUCCUUGUCACCGCACUGGCGGUGGCUACUGGCGUUGUCGGACAUGGACAUAUUAAUGACAUUGUCAUCAACGGGGUGUGGUAUCAGGCCUAUGAUCCUACAACGUUUCCAUACGAGUCAAACCCCCCCAUAGUAGUGGGCUGGACGGCUGCCGACCUUGACAACGGCUUCGUUUCACCCGACGCAUACCAAAACCCUGACAUCAUCUGCCACAAGAAUGCUACGAAUGCCAAGGGGCACGCGUCUGUCAAGGCCGGAGACACUAUUCUCUUCCAGUGGGUGCCAGUUCCAUGGCCGCACCCUGGUCCCAUUGUCGACUACCUGGCCAACUGCAAUGGUGACUGCGAGACCGUUGACAAGACGACGCUUGAGUUCUUCAAGAUCGAUGGCGUUGGUCUCCUCAGCGGCGGGGAUCCGGGCACCUGGGCCUCAGACGUGCUGAUCUCCAACAACAACACCUGGGUCGUCAAGAUCCCCGACAAUCUUGCGCCAGGCAAUUACGUGCUCCGCCACGAGAUCAUCGCGUUACACAGCGCCGGGCAGGCAAACGGCGCUCAGAACUACCCCCAGUGCUUCAACAUUGCCGUCUCAGGCUCGGGUUCUCUGCAGCCCAGCGGCGUUCUAGGGACCGACCUCUAUCACGCGACGGACCCUGGUGUUCUCAUCAACAUCUACACCAGCCCGCUCAACUACAUCAUCCCUGGACCUACCGUGGUAUCAGGCCUGCCAACGAGUGUUGCCCAGGGGAGCUCCGCCGCGACGGCCACCGCCAGCGCCACUGUUCCUGGAGGCGGUAGCGGCCCGACCAGCAGAACCACGACAACGGCGAGGACGACGCAGGCCUCAAGCAGGCCCAGCUCUACGCCUCCCGCAACCACGUCGGCACCUGCUGGCGGCCCAACCCAGACUCUGUACGGCCAGUGUGGUGGCAGCGGUUACAGCGGGCCUACUCGAUGCGCGCCGCCAGCCACUUGCUCUACCUUGAACCCCUACUACGCCCAGUGCCUUAACUAGAGGGCAUCACGGCGGGUCUUUGGAGCUUCGAGGCACACACGCGGGCUAGUGCUUCCUAGAACUGAGGUAGUUGUUCGGGGCGAGGAGGAAUAAUCUUUUACAUAUACUGUACUGAAUCUUGACGAUGUAACUCCUGAUAUCACUAGAUGAAGUCUACGGGUAUAGUGAUAUUGCCAAGAGCAGAUUGUUACAUUAUCAAGAUAAUCUGGUCAUCAUCAAUAUGGUUCAGGU